CUUGCUCUUCAGCAACGCAGUCGUCAUACAUGAGUAUCAGGAGUCGUCUGUGUAUAUAAUUUAUGAAAAGUUUAUUAAUUUAACUUAGUAACGUUAAGCCAUUUCAGAUCUUCGUGAACGCCAUACGACACGCGACAACGUGAGAUUCAAGAAAUGGGCACGCUUCAGUUAUUAGAUGGAUUAAUCUGCAAAAUCAAGUUAGUCCUGGCCAGCGAAUGCCACAGCCAGGUGCUCGACACCUAAGACAGCACACUUCCUGCUAAUAAAGUGAAAAUACAAUUGUGUUUAAAAAAAUAAGAAGUGUAACAAUGUACCAGAUUGUACCAGCAACUGUUGGAGAUAUUGGCAUUAGUGCCAUGGCCCGUUGUUCCCCACCAAAGCGAAAGAGAGUGACCAGUCAUAGCCAUCCAGUAAUUGCAGCGAGUGCGCUCGGAUUCAUUCUAGUUCUUGCUACUAUCGUAGCAUGGUGCAACUACUAUGCUUCUCUUCAGAAAGCCAACCUCUUGACAACCGAACAACUAGACCUUAACAAACAUGGUUAUGUUAUUCGGAAUCAGGCUGGGGUUGUCAUCUUCAAAAUGGCAUUCAGGUCUGGAACCCUUGACUUGGACUCCUGUUCAAAAGAAGAUAAAAUAAUCAGCUGUGACAAAUCCAAUGCAGGGAAUAUCAAUUUCUUCAUAGAAACCCUAAAACCUAAAGACACGGUUACAUGUUAUCGCAUACGUUGGGACGAGCUGAAGGAUCGUGUGGUGGAGCAUGUCAUGUCCUGUGGUGAUUCUCAUUGGUACGGUGGUGCGGAGACAAGGUUGCAACAUUGGCCGAUAACUUUGAAAGGACAACAAGCACCUGAGCCUUUUGUUACAGGUGAUAUCUAUUCAAAUCAUCAAGUUUUCGGUGGCAUCUUGGAGCGCUACUGGCUUUCUUCCAGUGCAACAGCCAUAAAAAUUAAUGACUCUGUUCCUUUUCAUCUUGGCUGGGAUGAAACAAACCGAACUUUGCGGUUCCAGGCUCGAUAUGACAACAGCCCCUAUAGGUCACACACUGGUCAAUCCCAUUAUGUUACGCUAAGUUAUCGAGUAUGUGUUGGGCUCGACGUCACCUCGAUACACAAGUACAUGGUACGUCGAUAUUUCAACAAGCCUAAUAAAGUUCCCUCGGAAGCUGUUUUCAGAUAUCCAGUCUGGUCUACUCGGUCUUUAACACAAGUUGAUCAGGAAAGAUUUUUAAAAUAUGCAUUUGAUAUCCAAAAACAUGGCUUCAACUGCAGUCACCUGGAACUGUAUGAUGGCUACACCGGUGACUAUGGAGAGUUCGAGUUUGAUAACGUAAAGUUCCCUAACGCCUCGGCUAUGUUUCAAAAACUACGCAAGGAGGGUUUCCACGUUACCCUUUGGACUCAUCCGUUUGUCAACUAUAAUUCUGCCAAUUUUGGUGUUGGAGUAGAACGAGGUCUUUUUGUAAGAAAUCCUGGUGGCCAGCUUCCUGCUUUUGUGCGUUGGUGGAACGGUAUCGCUGGUAUUUUGGAUUUCACGAACCCAGAAACUCGUGACUGGUACGCCUCAAAUUUGCGCGCCCUCAAGAACAAGUAUGGAGUGACGUCUUUUAAAUUUGAUGCUGGAGAAACAAGCUACUUACCUCGAGAGUUCAGCACCUUUGUUCCACUGAAAGAUCCCAGUACUUUUACCCGACGCUACACUGAGAUGGCGAUCCCGUUUAGCGACCGGGCAGAGCUGCGGUCUGGCUAUCAGUCGCAAAACAUCUCCUGCUUCUUUAGAAUUAUGGACCGUAGCUCUCUAUGGGGAUAUGACCUGGGCAUCAAAUCCAUAAUCCCGACCGUACUCACUAUAAGCAUUCUCGGCUACCAGUUUAUUCUUCCCGACAUAAUAGGUGGAAACCUCACCGAUAGACCCGGCGGACUUCCAGAUCGAGAACUCUACAUCCGUUGGCUUGAACUCUCAGCUUUCAUGCCAGCAAUGCAGUUCUCACUGCCACCGUGGCUCUAUGACGAUGAAGUUGUGAAUAUUGCCAAGAAGUUCACAGCGCUCCACGAGUCUCUCGUAGCCCCUAGAGUUCUCGAACUUGCUGGGGAAGUGCUGUACACUGGUGAUCCUAUCAUACGUCCUCUUUGGUGGAUCGCUACAGAUGAUGAGGCAGCUUUCAAAAUCGACUCUCAGUUCCUAAUAGGAGAUGACCUUCUGGUAGCUCCUGUACUUGAACCAGGCAAGCAGGAAAGAGAUAUAUACCUGCCUGCCGGUAGAUGGAGAAGUUACAAGGGAGAGUAUUUUGACAAAGGCCCCAUAUACCUUACUGACUACCCAGUGGACUUGGAUGAGGUUGCUUACUUUGUGUGGUCAGGAUAAUCGUAAUUAGUGUAAAUUUGUUGUGUAUUGGUUCUUCCAUGCAUACAUGUAAAAUACCAAGACUGAAAAUUGAAACUGUUAUGUUGACAUUUUUACAUGAUGUUAUUAUUAAUUAUAUGACUACUUUAUUCUGUAGUAUACUUUUAUUUUAAUUGACCCUUCGCUAAGUCCCGCCCUCCUAAGUUACUGUUGCAUGUCUAUUACAGUAUGCACCGGUGUUAGAGAUUCCCAAAUGAUUAGCCAUUUUGAUGAAAAGGUGAAAUAUCUGAGAGAGCAAAACAAAAGGGACUGCAGUAUGCAUUCGAGGGAUAUAUCCACGACAUAAUAUGCAACCUAUUAAAAAAUUAUUUAAUCAAAAUUGAAGCUAAAGCCUAUAGGUCCCAGCGCAAACAGCAGCUGUCUCAUACGCUGACCAUUCAAAAGGGAAACACAAAUUGAGGAACAUCUUUGUUCAUGCAGUUUUUCUAUUUCCUAUUGUUGUAUGAUCAUUUUUCUUUUAUUUAUUAAAAAAUGUCCAUUGAUGUAUUAUUGACUUUCUGCUAGUAAAAACGUGUUUUGUGAAUUUGUUUAUUUUAUUAGAACAAAACUGCUCUAUGAAACAAGCUCAUGAGUAUGGGGGUGUUACAAACAUAAGCACAUAAGGAUAUGACCACAAAAAUAUCCAAAUUAGCUUGGGGUGCCCGCCGUGUUUGCCGAAACCCGGGAUCGAACCAGGGACCUUUAGAUCUUCAGUCUAACGCUCUCCCAACUGAGCUAUUUCGGCCACGUAAAAGAUAAUUUUUAAGUUAGCGGCCACGUGAAGUGAAUUGAAUAAACAUAACGUUACCUGAUAAAUCGAGACUCUCAGAAGCUAGCUUAGUUUGACCGGGGCGAAUUUGUCUUACUUUUCGGAUUCAGAUAAGACGUUUUAUGUAACCGUAACGCUCUUUGAGAAGCGUGAACGAUACGUGCUUUCACGUUAAGAGUCUUAAAAGUCUCUAAUAAUCCCAGAAAAGUCGCUAGAUUUG